ACAAUUAAUAAAUCUCCUUUGGUUAUCCUCCAACUUACACUAAAAUAUUGUAUUAUAUUCAUUAAGAUCCCUUAUUUUUAACAGUGGUAGCACAAAGUAGAGUUUUAUGUUUUCGCAAUAUAUGUAAUUAAUGCUUCAAGCCCACGUUCACUCCUUUAUAGAAAACUCUGCCGUAUUUUCCCAUGCAAAUUCCCCCGGUUUCGAACCUGACCAUGUUCAGCCCCCUCACUUCCUUCAUAUUCCAGUCAACUUUUCUCGGCUUUUGAGCUUGUAAUUUUGCGUGUGUAUAUAUAUAUGUGCUUUACCCCUCAUACCACACGGCUUCAAGCUCUUCAGUGAGCUUUUUUUUCCUUCUCUAAUUUGUUUCCAAUUCACUACGACAUGGUUGAGCAUAAGUUACAGCAAUACAAGAGUGGAGCCAAGGCUUCUACAAAGAGAAAGGGGCAUGGCUUCUCCAGUAAAUGUGCUUCCCUAGUUAAAGAGCAACGUGCGCGUAUCUACAUAUUGCGCCGUUGUGCCACUAUGCUCCUUUGCUGGUAUAUUCAUGGUGAUGACUAGCUAAUAAUCACUAUAAUUAAUCCCUUUUCUCUAAAUUAUUCACUUUCUUUUUGUUUCUCCCGUUCUUCAUUUCUCCUCCUUUGAAUUUGAGUUGGCCUUCUCCAUAAUGUGUAUCCGGUUGGGUUUCAUGAGCUACGGUGUAGUUGUUUUAUCUACUAUUUUCUUCUCUGGUGCAAUUCCCUUUUUUUGACCCGAUUGAGGCGAUGGAAUCAGUCAGGUUUUUGGGGACACAGGGUAAUUUAUGGCUGCACUCGAGCUUUUUCACCAACCGGUCAUGAAAAUUGAUGGAGAAGAUGACACUAAUUCAUUAUAAGGAGCGGGACAUCUUUUAGUCAUAUCAAAUAUCGUUUGUUUGUGGCUGUUGCUGUUGCUGUUGAUUGUAAUUAACUUGGUGUACAUCCAUUAUCGCUUGUUUUUAUUGUUUCUUUUUUUCAGAGUAACAUGAGAGGUGUUAUAAACUGAAAAUGUUAAUGGAGUGAAUCACUUCAAUAUUGUAUUACUAUUAAUGGCUGUUGCAAUAAUACGGGCUCUAUUUAUUUAUAUGUAUGGACUGUUACUUAUAUUGAG